AUGGACCGGACGGAUUACGCGGGCAUGCUGCCCAAGCUGCAGCCUACGCAAGCGGUUGAUAUUCUGAAUGAUCGCGUGCGGCAGGUGGGAAGGUUGAAUACCACGAUUGCGGACUGGCUUCAAGAACGGAGCAGGCUGGAAGAACAGUACGCUGCUGGUCUCAGGAAGCUUGCGCGAAAGGCGUUGGAUGAUAUCGAUCUUGGCAUCUUCUCAACGCCAUGGAGCGCCCUCACCAACUCCCUCGACACCCAAGCCGAUGCGCACGCCUCCCUCGCCUCGAAGAUCGAUGUCGAUGUCGAAGCGCCGUUACGCGCCUUUGCUAGCAGCAACCGCGAAAUGCAGUCGAUGAGCACUGUGCAGGGCAACUUGGCGGCUAUCGCAAAGGACAUCGACAAGGCACAGCAAAAGUCGGAGAAACUGCAGGGCAAAGGCGAAAAAGCUGAGGCGAACAAGGUCGCGAAUGCCACUUCGGAUCUGGACAAUGCGCGAGCGCAGUGGGACUCGCAGGCGCCGUAUGUUUUCGAGCAGCUGCAGGCCUUGGAUGAGACUCGGGUCAACCACUUGCGAGAUCUGUUGACGCAGUUUGAGACAUUGGAAGCCGAUCAGGUGGAGAAGAGCAGAGUCGCGGCUGAGUCUUGCUUGAAUGUGCUGUUGAACGUGGAGACGAAAGAUGAGAUCAAGACGUGGUCACUGAAGGCGCUCGCCUCGAAGCCUGCGGCCAAUCGAUCGAACAGGGCAAGCUUCAUGCCUACAUCGACUCCAUCACGAGGUGCAUCAUCAUCGGCCAAUGCGCUUUCCACGAUUCCGUCGAAUCCGGAGGACGAUGCAAGUCAAUACAGCGCAAGCACACCCGAACCCAGCAAGAAGGGCGGCUUUAAAGGACUCAAGCGACUUGGUACUGUCAUGUCGCGGCGGUCUAGCAAGCAGCCCCAAGCAUUGCCAUCUACAUCGGAAUCGCCGGAACGGAAGCCUAGAUCUGGGCCAUUUGCAGCGCUGCGAAGGAACAAGGACUCGUAUGGCCUAGAGCCACCUCAGGAAGAGUCUGGGUCGAGGCGCCCUGGUUCGCCAUUGAGGAUGGGCAGUGAGAUUCUGGAAGCACCGCAGAGCAGACAGGAGCCAACGAGCCCGAUUAGAGAUCGAGCACCCCAGCUGGACGCCGUCAACAUUCCACACAUGAACGGCAGUAGGUCGCCGACAUCUGCAGCAUUCCCCAAUGGCAGUCACCAAGGAGACCUGGCAGACCUGGACCCGCCGAAGCCAGCCCAACCCGAAGCACCGAUGAUGCCAACGAUAUCUGAGCCACAAAGAGACAGUCAAGGCUAUAGCUUGCCCCAGCGAGACCUUGAUCCUAUUUCGCAGGCGCAGGCAGACGCAGCGGCUGAACGUGCGGAGCCUGCUUAUAAUGUCAACAUUCGACAAGAGCCGAUCAGAGAAGAAGGCAGUGAGGUAGCACUUGCGAAUGUCGCGACAAAGCUGCAGGCUCCUCCCAUCACACAACGAAGGCUUGGAACUGUGCGUGGUCGUCGUGAUGCUCGCAAUAGCGCUGUGAUCAGCACCUACGGUCCGCCAGACCAAGCUGUAGCAAGACCUAUUGCAGUCGCUGCACCUCCUACCACAGAACGAGCGGUCGAGCCAACGCCUAUCAAUACACAAGUCGCAGCUCCUGUCGUCCAACCUCGUCCAGUGGCGACCGAGCCCUCUUCGAACUCUCUGGUGAACUCACCCUCUGGUGCGUUCACUGGGGCCGCGGCCGGAGGAUCGACUUUCUCGUCGUUCAGUCCUACCAACGAGCCGCAGUCCCCUGGUGCAGCCUUCCGGCCGACAUCGAGAGCUGCUACAUUGGAUGCUCACGACAACCAAUCCAUACGCUCUGGACGAUCUACCGCCAGUCAAACCAACCGCCACCCUGAUCUUCAAAAGCCCGGCCUCAGCUCUUCAAUCGUCGAAACUGUCUCUGCUAAAUUCGAGAGUGGUAAUACUGUCUCGUCUUCGAUCAUCGGCGAGAUCGCACUGGCACACAACUCUACAGAUCGAAGCCCCAGUACCGGUCAGGAAAUCAUCCGCCUCGACCACUUCUCGAGCCUCGACAAGGUCGCCCCUAACCCUGCUUUCCUCAGUCAGAAUCUCGAUCGCGAUGGCGAGUACUCCGUCAACCUCGCCACGCUAGGCUCGAAGACCCAGGUCGCGUUCAAGUAUCAGCUUCGCGCUGACGACGCUUUGACGCAUACGCCACUGCUCUUGAGCCCUGUUCACAAGAUUACACCAGAUGCGACCAUGGUCAUCAUCAAGUAUUCUUUGCAUCCUAACUUUGCUUUCCCAUCUGGGACGAAUAGCGUCACGUUGCACAAUAUCAUGAUUGUGCAUGUUCUUGAAGGCGCGAGGGCGAGUGGGAGUCAAAGUAAACCCCCAGGUACAUUCGCCCGUGAAAAGAACCUCCACUUCUGGAACCUCGGCGAUGUCACCCUCAGCCAGGGCGCCGAACCGCAACAACUCCUCGUCAAGUUCACGACAGAGAGUGAGGCUACCGGUGGCCACAUUGAGGCCAAAUGGGACAUCAGCGGUGACGAAGCGCAAGCUCUCGGCUCUGGCCUGACUGUCAGCGCUGCUGAGGCGGAUCAUGAUCCCUUCGCAGACGAGAAUGCAAACCCAGCUGGUGGAUGGAAGUUGGUGCCGAAUGUGAAGAAGUUGGUGAGUGGGAACUAUGUGGCGAAGACGCAGUAG